AAUGCAUGGCGGCGUCUUAAACCAUAUUAUUCCAUAUAUAUAUAAACAUACAUACAUACAUAAAAACCCGUCAACCAAUUAAGAAGAUUUAUAAAGUUUGAGUUUUGCAUUCGUCAAAAUAAUACAAUUUUAUCAAAGAAGAAAAACCCACCAAAAAAGGAAAACCCCAAAACUCUAAUUUAUGUGUGUAUAUUUUUCACAAGAUCAAAAGGUGGCGAAAAGAAGCAAAAAAAAUGAGGAGGAAGAUGAUGAUGAAGAAGAAGAAAUGAAUAUGAAAAUGAGAGAGAUUUUAAGUCCAAUGAUUCCUGGGUUUAGUAGAGAAAAAGAAAUGCAAGAAAUGGUUUCUGCUUUAACUCAUGUUAUUUCUGGUAAUAAUUCAUCAUCUUCUUCUUCUGUAAAUGUUUUACCAAGUUAUGGUGUAAAAAGAAGACAUGAAGGAGAAGUAGAAGAUGCUAGGAUUGAAUAUGGUGGUAAUAGAAUGUUAUUUGGAGAACAUGACAUAUUCAGUGAUGUGAAACCAGUUUAUUCUUCAUCAUAUCAUCAAUCAUAUCUUGCUUCAAAUAAAGGGGGACCAAGCUUUAUGAUACCCACUACAACAUCAACAUCAGCUUCAACAUCAUCAUCAACAACCAUAACAUCAACAACAUCAUCAUCAUCAUCAUCAUCAUCAACAUUCACAUACACUCAUCAUGAUUCCAUAAAGAAUGAAGCCAAAAACACAACACCACAACAACCACAAGUGGUAGGAGAGCCAAGUAGAAGAAAAUACAGAGGUGUUAGACAAAGGCCUUGGGGUAAAUGGGCAGCUGAAAUAAGGGACCCAUACAAAGCUGCCCGAGUUUGGUUAGGUACAUUUGAAACUGCUGAAGCAGCUGCCCGAGCUUAUGAUGAAGCUGCCCUUAAAUUUAGGGGCAGCAAAGCUAAACUUAACUUCCCUGAAAAUGUCACUUCUCAUAAUAUUCCGGCGAAUAUUCCGGCGACCCAGUUUAUAUUUUCCGAUUCUCCGGCGACCCUUUUGACGGAUUCUCGAAAUUCCGAUCAAAUAAUGCAAAAUCGACCGUUGGAGUGUAUACAAGAAACAGGGGAGUUUAAAGAUUAUCUUGAUUAUUCAAAAAUAAUUGGUGCUUCUUUUCAAGAAAAUCAUGGUGAUUUGAGUUUUUUGGAUCAAAUGUUGAUGUCUUCUACUUUGUCUUCUCAAUCUUUUCCAUUGCAAACUAGUAAUUCUAUGGAUUCCUCUGUUUCUCUACCUAUUUCUUCUACAUCUUAUCCUACGGCUGAUAUGCUUCCACGUGGAAGUCAAAGAAAGAUGGAUGAUGAUGAUUCUAAAGAUGCAUCAUGAUAUGGGUCAUGAUGAUGUGAUGUGACAUGUGAGGAUAUAGAUGUUUCAACUAUUGUAUGCUAGAAGAGUAGAAGUUGUUUUUGUAGAGAAGUAUUUAUUUGUCAUUUGCUCUGUUUUUCCAUGUUUUUUUUUGGUAGGUACUUUGAUUAAGUCACUCAUGGUCAAAUAGUGGAAAGUUUAUGGUUAUACUUAUACCUAGUAUAGUAGUAAUGUGUUGAUUUUGAGAUUGUAGUUCUUGGCAUUAAUCAUUUUAUGGGUAUGUUAAAGUAGACUAGUAGAUCAUAUUCUCUUCAACUUCUUGUCUUUGGACUUUGGAGGAUUGUAAAAGAAAAUAGAGAUACUCAUACUUGUGUUAUUAAUUUCGAUAUUUGAUGCGUAUCUUUAUGCUUCAUCCGUUAUAAAAUAAGUGUUAUGUG